AUGCAAGCUCCCCCUUUUUCUCCAAGUGGUGGCCCACCUACAGCCCCGCCGAUAAAAAAACAGCGCGGAAGCAGUACGCCUCAGGGAGAUAAAUUGUCUCUGCAGGCCAAUGAUGCACUCUCGCGACGUAGAGCUGAACUGUCUCGACUUCAACAAUUGCAGCAACAAGGUACCUCUGCAACCACUCAGGCUUUGCUUAGUCGCGCUUUUAAUACGACUGGAACCGCUCCGUCUUUCAAGCCCCACGGAGAUCCUCCUACGAGUGUAUUGCGCAGUACCAGUGCUGCUAUGACCAGAGGAGCCCCUCCGAUUCCCAAGGCCGAGCCCAACGGAUCUGGACCUCGCCGGACAAGCGAUAUUUUCCCGACAGCCCCGAAAUUGGUGUCGGAAGCUAAACCUCUACCGAAGGGUCCCCCGCCGACUGGUGCGACUCCUACAGCACGUCGUUUAGAUGUUUCGUUUGCAGCUCGCGGGAAACCUCCUGCUACGGGACGGCCCAAGAGUGCACCUCCAAGUCGUCCCACCCCGCCAGCGGGUCCGCCUCCAAAUCGAGUGUCUACCGUCCCUGUGACUCGGGGACAUAUUGGUCGUCCUAACGCCGUCAUUCCAAAUGGUCCUCCUCCCCCUCCCGAGAAGAAAGCACCCCCUUCUGGCGCGCCGCCACCUUCGAAGCCUCCUCCCACAGGAGCACCCCCAGCAAUAGGUGCUCUACCGAAGUCGUCCGCUAACCUAUCCGACGGCUUUAACGAUGGCGACAACACACCACCAAUAGCGAAUAAAAAGACCAUGCAAAUGGAUGCUGCGGUGAACUGGGAUCAGCCAAAAAAGCCGCUGACUUUGUUUCCGAGUCAGGCCAACGUUCCGGCCAAAACUGAGAUAACGAAAAGUCCGCUUGCGCAAAGUCCGUACGCAACGAAACCUCCUGUAGUCUUUGGAAACAAUGCACCGCCCCUACCUAUUACGGAGACGCUGAAACAUCCUGGUAGUGCUGGUAGGCCAACAACCCCUACCUCAGGAGCUAUGGCGUCGUCUAAUGCUGGUCAAACGCCAUUCUACCCUAAGAAUACGCAAUCGAAUGCAGGCGUAACUCCGUUUGCUAAAAAUGAAUCGACAUCCGCGUCUACACCUUUUCCGAAAAGAGAGGAAGAGGUAGUAACACUUCCAAGCACAGCACACAAGGAUCAGUUUCAUGAUAUACGGAGUAUGGCAACCACUCCCUAUAAAUCUGCAAACUUGACAAGCGCUCUAGUUACUGAUGCUAAUGUUCAGGAGUCUCCGGAGCUGCGAAUGCAAAAGGAAUUGUUAAGUUCCGAAAAGGACAAGAAAAAAGCUUUCAACCAAGUUGCACUACUUGAGGAUACAAUUCGUGAUCUCCAGGGCGGAAAACCGCUGGCCGAUGAUUUGACAUAUGUGGUACAGAUUGCAAAAACCCAUGGUGAAAAGGCGGCCUUGGAAUACGCUCGUCAAAAGGUCAGCGGAAAAGAAGCAACUAUACCAAUCCUUUCUCCUAUGCUUUAUUCUCCAACUCGCAAGCGUACUGGGACACCUCACCCAAAGCGUCGUCAUGAAGUUGUGGAAAGCUCUGAUGCCAAGCCAUUUUUAAUGGAGGCGGUGGACUCACUCGCCUUCGAGUACGUUGAAGAGGGGCUUGCUACGAUUACAAUUCGUAGACCAUACGGAUUCGCCGCGAACGAACAAAAGCUAUGGUUUUCGAAAGGCGAGCUCAACAACAAAAUGUACGAGAAAUCAUCAGAUGUGCAUAUGCUGUCAUCAUUGGAAGUAGUCGCGACUAUAGAAGCAGACAAGAGUCAUCUGUUACUCUAUGGUGUCGCGAUGGCCCGGCACCAGAACGCAGCGGACGGAAGCUGGAAGAGUUUUGGCGAUGUGGAAAAGACUGGUGCGACGCUGGGUGAAGUAACGUUUACAAACGCAGAAGGUCAUAUGGAAAGCUACUAUCUCGAUGAGAUAUACGAAGCCGCGCAAGCCGCACGAGAGCACUACUGCGGAAGUGUUGUUGCGACUGCUGAGGCCUUGCGAAUGAAAGCAUCACAUAAAUCGCCUUCAACGAUCGCCGUAGCGAAGUCAUCUGAUAGCUCUGAUGCUACCGAAAAGAGCCAAGGCUCAUUGAAAACUGAGUCGAAGCCAAAAAUGCCACCGGAAGAUGAACCCAGCAUUGUUGGAUCAUUCAUCAGCUUCUUUUUUUCCACACUUGCCAGUUUGCUCUGGUACACGUUUGUUCGUGUCCCACUAAAUAUCUUCGCUGCCGUAAUCUAUUUGUUGAUUGGAAGUAUUGUACUGUCGCUGAUGUACCUUUACAUUGCCGAGGAACAUGGCGUGGGGGUGAGGGAUGCAUCGAUUCAGUACACAUACAACAGCCCUGGUAUUCUAUAA